AUGACUAUCAACCCUACCUACCUGGCGCAGCGCACGCGCACCUCUGUCAACUGGAAAGAUGCGAAAUUCCGAGUCCUCAAGUCGUACCGUGAAUGGCUCCGCGCGUCCCCGGAGAUCCAGACCAUGUACUCCCUCGGCAUGCCUGUCUCUGCCAUCCGCACCAAGAUCCGCCAGGAGUUCGAGAAGCACCGCUACGUCAGCCAGUUGAACGUCGUCGACGUGCUGCUGUACCAGAGUCAUGCCGAGUAUCAGGAAACCCUUAACUACUGGAAGCAGCUUUCUCACGUUAUGAAGUACUUCCGCCCAGAAGAAGACCCUGGCGCGCGCCUACCCCGCAACUUCAUCUCUGGAUUCCUUGAGGGCCGUAACUAA